AUGGCGUCGGAAGGAUGGGGCGCAGCGCAACCCUUCCCAGUGAUGGCCUACUUCAUGAGAGCUCAGGAGGCGGAAUCAAACCAACCAAUCAACUACCAAGUCAACCAACAAGCUGAUGACCGUCCUACCGGUAAAGGGGGCAGUAUCAACUGGAGUGAAAUAGCCGAGUCACUACCCGGCCGCAGCAACAAGGACUGUCGGAAGAGGCACCUUAACGAAAUGGACGGAACAUCGAAGAAGGGACCAUGGUCGAAAGAGGAAGACGCUCAGCUUGAAAGUCUCGUAAAGAUCCACGGACCAUCAUGGGUAGCAGUAUCGGAGGCAAUCGGGAACAGGAGUGCAGAUCAGUGCUCCAAGAGAUGGCACCAUUCCCUUAGUCCAGAGCUUGAUCGUAGGCCAUGGACAGAAGAUGAGGUCAGUCACCUUCCACUACAUUCCACCACACGCAAGGCCGACAGACCUAACAGUAUCCUGAAGAAUCUCCUCUUGUUACAUGCGUUUGCAAAGCAUGGGAGUUGUUGGAAAGAGAUGCAGGAUAGACACUUCCCUGCUAGGUCGGCCAACAACGUCAAGAACCAGUAG